AUGAUUCCGGGAUAUCCGGGCUCCCCUCCCAAAGCCCAGGACUCGAUGCGCACACCCUCGUGCACCUACUGCCUCAAGACCAAGAAGAAAUGCACCUUCGUCUGGGCGCAGGCCCAGCUCCGCGGCGGCGCCAACAAGGCAUCCCCCGGCACUGAUGACUCGAGCGAGCCAGCUGGGGCUGCGCAGCAGUUCUACGGCCCUGUGCCGGGGUACGACGGAGCGUUCAUGUCGCGCGGGGAGGCUGACUACGGCCUCAGCAUGGGACCGGGCAUGCUCGCCAUGAAGCAGCAGCUGAACCCGCAGCUGGACAUGUUCCCGUCGCCGCCUCUUGAUAUUAAUGCCAUUCCGUACGCGAGUCCCGCGAGUAACUCAACCGAUGGACAGUGGGUGUCCUCGACUGGCACAUCGUUGGAUGUUGCCCAGCAGGCCUUCUGGGGCUCGCUUCCUAACCUCUCCAGUGACGAAACGCAGUCGUGGGGCUCUCUCUCAGAGGAAGGGUUUCUCCCCUCGACGGACUGGCUGGGCCGAGACCCGUCGUUGCAAAAUACAGACUCGGAACUUACCUUCUACCAGGAUCGCAAUGCCAGGAAGAACUCACGGCGAGACAGCUGGACAAAUUGGCCUGCACCCACCUCGACGCUCUCCAUUCUCACGUCCCAGGAACAGAUGCUGACCAUCUCAAACAACGCCAUGAUAUCCGACAACCUCCUCCGCAUCUAUCACGAUGUGCUAGAGCACAAUCUUUCCUGCUGGCUGGCGGAGGAGACCUGUCCCUACGGCAGCACGUCGCUAACACUCAUGAGAACAUCUACAAACAAAGAGCGAUUGCAAAACGAGCUCGGCUCAACUUGGUCCAACAAGAUAUACGGGCGCGUGAAACUCCUGGACCGCGUCGCUCAGAGAAACAGGCUCCUCCAACUACGGCCCUCGGAAGACCAGGCUGCGUCUAAGGCGCUCGAUCUGGUUAUCAUGGCGUUUGCGAGCCAGUGGGCUCAGGGCAGCUACCGACAAUCGGAGAAAUACAAAGAUAGUCAAGGAGAAAGCCCAAACCAACUGGGAUCGGAUUGUACGCCGCCGCCUGAGGAGUUCGAUCGCCAUAUUCAGAGGACGCUAUGGGCUCAAGCGAAAGCAGCGCUGGAGAAUGUAUCGAGCCUCGAAUGUUUCAGAGUAGUGUGUGCCGAGUUGAUAUUCGGUCUAUGUCAGAGACCUAUGGAUGGUGAUGAAACGAGUAGCUGGGAUAGUGGUGGCUAUGAAGCCUAUAACUCUUCUAACAGCGUCAUGGAAACACUAAUGGGUAGGCUGCGAGAAGCAAUCGAGAACGAAGAACCACCUAUUUUUAUGGAGAGGGGAGCUCGGAAAAUCCACGCCCUCAAGUGCAAGUUCGAUUUAUGGGAGGCCGGCUGGUUGGACAAGAACAGAGGCCGGACAGGGGGGGAUGCGGUUGCAGAGAUCAAAGAGGCAAAGCGAACAGUACAGUUGCUCUACUGGCUAUCCGUCAUGUUCGACACGAUAUCCUCCUCGAUGAACGAACGACCAGUCGUGGUAGCCGACGAGGAAUGCCAGCACGACGCUGCCUGGGACAUGUCAAAACUCGGAGAUGCGAUCGAUUCAUACGGCCAGACGACCGAAACACUGCCGCAAAGAUGGCAGGUUAACCUCUUCAUCCAAGACGACCUCGCAAAACCAAGCAAGAUCCCAUCCUGGCCCUGCUCAUACGAUGAUGCCGCCGCGACAGUCACGAAAUCAGCCCCAGUCAAGGUCCUCCUCUUCAGACAUGUCUCCUAUCUACAGAGUGCUAUCAGACGAGGUCGACGUGGGAAGGCCGUCGAAGACAUUAUCAAUGCGAGUAUGCUGAUCUACAAGUAUUGGAACGUCACGUACGGCCCCUUCCAUCGCAGCCUAAUCCGAGACUACGACGCGGUCCCACCCCGUGUGCAGAGCUGGUUCGUGUGCAUAUUUUCGCACUGGCACCUGGCCGUGCUCUUACUUGCCGAGGCGAUCAGUUUUAUCGACAAGAAACAACUUGGGAUCGAAGAUGUACGGCGUAAGCGACUCAACGCCAACUUCUGCAGGCAAAUGGCCAAAUCCAGCGCUAUAGAAAUUUCAGAUAUUGCCGCGGUAUCUGCGCCAAAGCAUGGAAGCAACAAUGCCAGCCAGUGGACGUUGCCUCCUGGCGCGCAGGAAACCCCAUUCCACUCUGUAACUCACGAGGGAGCUAUCCUGACGGAGCCCUGGACUAUACUCAUCAUCAGGGCAUUCACAAAAGCGGCAGCAAUCCAUCUCGAGCGAGCCGAGGAACUGUGGCACUCGAGGUCCUCGGAUCCAUCUGGAGGGCGGGGCGAGAUGCAAGGGUCGCUGGAUCGUUGCGAGUACUGCACGAGGGCGUUGUGGUUACUGGGGAAGAAGUCCGACAUGGCGAGAAAGGCUGCUGAAAUAUUAUCUCGCGCUCACUCAGAGAUGACGGGUCAAAUCGCCAUGGGGUCAGUGGUGGUGCCGGUUGAAUCAUGGGAAGGAAUAUUGAAUUGGAUUAGCACCUGA